AUGAAUUUCAUAUAUCCUUGCAUCAUCAUUUAUUGCUCUCAGAGAAGCGUGGGCUCUAUAGAUUUAAAGGGAAGACUCUGGCUGCUAGGAGUGAUGAGAGGCUGUGCUGUAGGUAAUGAAGGCACUAGGAAGCUCAGCUCUCUUAUCUUCCCCUUUGCUUCACCCAGCUUUCAAGGCUGAGCUGAAGUGAGGCAAGGAAGGCUAGUACAGUGCAAAAUGUAGGAAUGCCUUAUCCUCAGGCUUACAUGGAUGCCAGUACUGCGUUCAGUGUCAGCAACUCCACCACGGUUGUCCACAGCAUUAUAUGUACGAAAUGCUUCUGUGUUUGUUUACUUAUCUUCAUGUCAAUUUGAUGUGUGUAAAAUUCAGUAUAUUGCUCUUUUUUCAAUUAAUAACCCCUUCCAAAACCUGUUUUACAGAAAUUCAGUCAGAAAUCUAAUCUGAAUACAUGACUCUUCCUAAGAUUCUUUUCUGCAUGGAGUCUCUAAUCUUGUUCUCUUGUGUCCUGGGCUGUGUUAUAGUGGUGGUGCAGACUUUCCGAGACCUGGUCUGGUUAUGCCCUCAGUGUACUGAAGCUGUGUGUCAGGCCCUGCCCGGCUGUGAGGAGAACAUUCAAGACAGUGAGGGGAAACAGGCACUUAUUUGGUUACUUGGGGUCCAUGGGGGAAAAAUUCCCAAUGCUCCUUAUGUGUUGGAGGACUUUGUAGAAAAUGUGAAGUCAGAGACAUUUCCUGCUGUUAAGAUGGAGCUGCUGACUGCACUGAUGCGCCUUUUCCUCUCCCGCCCUGCUGAGUGCCAGGACAUGCUGGGCCGGCUGCUGCAUUACUGCAUAGAGGAAGAAAAGGAUAUGGCUGUGCGAGACCGGGGUCUCUUCUAUUAUCGCCUCCUGUUAGUUGGCAUUGAUAAAGUUAAGCAGAUCCUGUGUAGUCCUAAGUCUGACCCGUCUCUUGGACUUUUGGAGGAUCAACCAGAACGACCGGUGAAUAGCUGGGCUUCAGACUUCAACACACUGGCGCCAGUGUAUGGCAAAGCCCACUGGGCAGCUAUCUCUAAAUGCCAGAAGGUAGAGCAUCAUCGCCUUAAGCUUCCCCACAAUGCAUCCUUUGCGACAUCAGGACACCUGAUUUCUGAAGAGAACAAAGAAGGAGCACAGGAACCUCCUGAUUCUGAAGCUCUCAUGCUGGUCCCUAAUCUCCAGCUUACUGCUGAGUAUUUUGAGAAAACAUGGCUUAGCCUCAAAGUUACUUACCAGCAGGUGUUUCCUUGGCAGGGAGAAGUCCAGCCCGACACUCUACAAAUGGCUCUAAAAGUAGUGAACAUUCAGACCAUCGCAAUGAGCAGGGCUGGGGCACAGCCCUGGAAAGCCUACCUCAGUGCCCAGGAUGAUACUGGUGGUCUCUUCUUAACUGAAUUGCUGCUGAAGCCUGAGAACUCAGAGAUGCAAAUCUCUGUGAAACAGAAUGAUGCGAGGACUGAAACCCUGCGUGGUUUUGUUUCUGUCCUGGAAACCGUGAUUGGAACAGUUGGAGACAUAAAAUCUUAACAGAGUGUUGCUGCUUGCCUUGGGUGAGAUGAAGAGCUGUCAGAGUUCCUUCAUUGUCUUAAAAAGCUGCUUGUAAGCCCGUCGUGUAUCAACUGCAAAAGGGAAUGGGAAGUCUGGGAAUCCCGGCUCUUAUGUUUACCCAAAGUCUCCUACCUUGUUCCUUUCGAGCCCGUCAGGAAUUGAUCCCAUUUUAAAAGGAGAAUGUAUACCAUAGUAUUGGUAGGCGAUAAGGAUGGGGUGAAGAUAGGCUGGGGACAUUUCUCUGAUCACUUUAGGGAUUGUAAUAUUUAUUAAAUAUGCAUGGCAUUUGUUAAAGUUGGUAGCUGUUGUCAUUUUUGAAGCUUUUUUUUUUUUUUGAGCAAACUGUUCUUGGAUUUCCAGGCAUGCUUUUCAGGUUAGAAUCCAAAAGUCCCUCAUGUGACAUCUAAGUACCUUUCAGUGUCAUGGCUCAUGCUCCUGAAGCACUCUAUGCUGACAAAGCAGUGUACCAAAGAAGAAAACAGAUAACUGGGUCUGUAUGUUCCGGUUCUCUGAGUGCUCUUUCACAGCCAGGCCCUAACAUCUGUCUCUUGACUAGAACAGUUCCUCACUCUCAUGCCUCAACACAUAGUGUGUUUUUCUUAGUUGUGAGCUCUUUUAGGAUGUUUUCCUAUGACACUCACUGCCUUUAUUUGGGUCUUUAUUCAAGCUGUCAAAGUUGCCAUGCAGAGGCUGAGGAUGUAUCUCAGUUGGUAGUGUACUUGAUCAUCAUGCACAGGCCCCAGGCUCGAUCUACUCCACAACAUAAAAUGGGUUAUAGUGGGACAUGCCUGUAACCCUAGUGUUCAGGAGGAAGUGGAAGCAGGGUGAUUAGAUGUUCAAGGUCAGUAUCAGCUACAAUAAGGUAUUUGAGGCCAGUUUGGGAUACAUAGGACACUGUCAAGAAAAAAAGGUGUCCUGACAAGAUGGCUUAGCAGGUAAGGUGCUUGCUGCCAAGCUUGUGUACCUGAGUUGGAUACCAUUGACUCACACUGAAGGAGAGAACCAGCUUCCACCUGUUAUUCUCUGAUAUCCAUCCACAUGUAUGCCAUGGAUGUUCACAAAGUAUGUUCCACUGCAUGCAAUAAAUACAUUUUAAAAAGUU